CUAUGGCACUGUGAGGAGUAAAUGGCUCAGAGUGUCCGCGGCGGAAACCGACCUAAACACUGGUCAGGGAGACGAGAAACAAACACAACAGCGCGCGGUGCGUAAAAAGACUCUCCACGGUGCCGGCUCUGGGGCGCGCAGAGGACAGCCAAGAAGACUCCGACGUUUUUUGUUUUUUUUUUAAUUUUUGUGGUUGUUUAUUUGCGUGCGUGUGAGUGAGUGUGAACAACGUUCGAGGAUAUCAUAAUUGGACAUGUGAGUUCCGGGAGUUAACAAUACCAGCAGACCCUUUUUUUUUCCGAAGAUGAAGUUCCCCACCUGCGUCCUCGUCAUGUCGGUGUUGAUCCGAGCGAGUGCGUCACAGUCAGUUUGUCCUGGCACGGAGAACAAGCUGAGCACUCUGUCGGACCUGGACCAGCAGUACCGCACCCUGAAGAAGCUCUACGAGAACUGCGAGGUCGUCAUGGGCAAUUUGGAGAUCACCAGCAUCGAUCGCAACCGCAACCUCUCCUUCCUCAAGUCAAUCAGAGAGGUGACUGGUUACGUGUUAGUGGCUCUAAACCAGUUCGACUACCUGCCGCUGGAGAACCUACGGAUCGUGCGGGGCACCAAACUGUACGAGGGCCGCUACGCCCUGGCCAUCUUCCUGAACUACAGGCGGGACGGGUACUACGGCCUGAGGCAGCUGGGCCUGCGCAACCUCACAGAGAUACUGAAUGGGGGUCUUUACGUUGACCAGAACAAAUUCCUGUGCCACGCGGACACCAUCCAUUGGCGUGACAUUAUCAAGAACCCCCAGGCUGAGCUGCUGGUGGUGCCGUCCAACAACAGCAACCUGGGAUGCAGACGCUGUCAUCGCUCGUGUAACGGACGCUGUUGGGGCCAUCAAGAAGACCAGUGUCAAACCUUGACAAAGACGGUGUGUGCAGAGCAGUGUGACGGUCGAUGCUUCGGGCCUUACGUCAGCGACUGCUGCCAUCGCGAGUGUGCCGGCGGCUGCUCGGGUCCCAAGGACACAGACUGCUUCGCUUGCACCAACUUCAACGACAGCGGCGCAUGUGUAACCCAGUGCCCUCAGCCGUUUGUGUACAACCCUACCUCUUUCCAGUUAGAGCACAACCCCAGGGCCAAAUACACUUACGGAGCCUUUUGCGUCAAGAAAUGCCCACAUAACUUUGUGGUGGACCACAGUUCCUGCGUCAGAGCUUGUCCCAGCAACAAGAUGGAAGUGGAGGAGAACCGCAUCAAAAUGUGCAUCCCCUGCACCGACAUCUGUCCCAAAGUGUGUGACGGCAUUGGGACGGGCAGCCUGCAGACGGCUCAAACAGUGGACGCCAGCAACAUUGACAAAUUCGUCAACUGCACCAAAAUCAACGGCAACCUCAUCUUCCUCAUCACUGGCAUUAAAGGGGACAUGUAUCACGGUAUUGGACCUAUGGACCCUGAACACCUCAACGCGUUCCGCACCGUGAAAGAGAUCACCGGUUACCUCAACAUCCAGUCUUGGCCCGAGAACAUGACAGAUCUGAGUGUUUUUUCCAGCCUGGCAACCAUCGGUGGCAGAUCUCUCUACAGCGGAAGUGGCAUUUCUCUGCUGAUCCUGAAGCAGCGUUGGAUCUCCUCCCUCCAGUUCCAGUCGCUGGACGAGAUCAGCGCCGGCAAUGUUUAUAUCUUCAACAACAGCCGACUGUGUUUCUACAACACAGUCAACUGGACGACGCUCUUCAGGACGCCGAGCCAGAAGGUCCUCAUCCGCAACAACCGAGAUCCAAAGGAAUGCACUCAGCAGCGGAUGGUGUGCGACCGGAUGUGUUCCGACGACGGCUGCUGGGGCCCGGGGCCAGACCAGUGUCUCUCCUGUCGAUACUUCAGACGAGGCCGCACCUGCGUUGAGUCUUGCAACCUCUUUGAUGGGGAAGUGCGGGAAUUUGCCAAUGGAUCCGUGUGUCUGGAGUGUGACGGCCAAUGUGAGAAGAUGGAUGGGAACGCCGCCACAUGUCUUGGACAGGGCCCGGACCAAUGUGUAAAAUGUCUCCACUUCAAAGAUGGACCCAACUGCGUGGAGAAGUGCCCCGACGGGUUGCAGGGAGCCAACAGUUUCAUCUUCAAAUACGCCAAGGCCAACAAUGAGUGUCAUCCCUGUCAUGCCAACUGCACCCAAGGGUGCGUCGGGCCAAGACUUCAAGAUUGUGUUGGGAUGAUGGACAGGACACCACUAAUAGCAGCUGGCAUUAUCGGAGGUCUAUUUAUCAUCGUCAUUCUGGCGCUCAGCGUGGCUGUGUAUGUCCGCCGCAAAAGCAUCAAGAAGAAGCGGGCCUUGAGACGAUUCCUAGAGACAGAGCUAGUGGAGCCUCUGACCCCCAGCGGAACGGCCCCUAACCAGGCUCAGCUGCGGAUCCUGAAAGAGACGGAGCUGAAGAGGGUCAAGAUUCUGGGCUCAGGAGCCUUCGGAACCGUCUACAAGGGCAUCUGGGUCCCAGAGGGUGAGACGGUGAAGAUCCCUGUGGCUAUUAAAAUCCUCAACGAGACCACCGGUCCUAAAGCCAACGUGGAGUUCAUGGACGAGGCCCUGAUCAUGGCCAGCAUGGAGCACCCCCACCUGGUGCGUCUGCUGGGCGUCUGCCUGAGCCCCACCAUCCAGCUGGUCACCCAGCUCAUGCCCCACGGCUGCCUCCUCGACUAUGUGCACGAGCACAAGGACAACAUUGGCUCGCAGCUGCUGCUCAACUGGUGUGUCCAAAUAGCCAAGGGGAUGAUGUACCUGGAGGAGAGGAGGCUGGUCCACAGGGACCUGGCCGCCCGCAACGUGCUGGUGAAGUCGCCCAAUCACAUCAAGAUCACCGACUUCGGCCUGGCGCGGCUGCUGGAUGCCGAUGAGAAGGAGUACAACGCGGAUGGGGGCAAGGUUGGUAUGCCCAUUAAGUGGAUGGCUCUGGAGUGCAUUCACUACAGGAAGUUCACCCAUCAGAGUGACGUGUGGAGUUACGGUGUGACCAUCUGGGAGCUGAUGACAUUCGGGGGCAAACCGUACGACGGCAUCCCCACGAGAGAAAUCCCCGACAUCCUGGAGAAAGGGGAGCGCCUGCCCCAGCCGCCCAUCUGCACCAUAGAUGUCUACAUGGUCAUGGUCAAAUGCUGGAUGAUUGACGCGGACAGCAGGCCCAAGUUCAAAGAGCUGGCUGCGGAGUUCUGCAGAAUGGCCCGUGACCCCCAGCGAUACCUGGUCAUCCAGGGGGACGACCGCAUGAAGCUCCCCAGCCCCAACGACAGCAAGUUCUUCCAGAGCCUCCUGGACGAAGAGGACCUCGACGACCUUGUGGAUGCUGAGGAGUACCUGGUGCCUCGUGGUUACAACAUGGCUCCUCAGUCGUAUACCACCAGGCCUCGAGUUGACUCCAAUAGAAACCAGUUUGGCUAUCGAGACGGUGGGCCGAACCCUGUGGACGGAUCCGCGGUGGGUGCCCAGGCCGGCCCGAACCAGGAAGCAGCAGGUGGCUCGGGUCCAGGCCUGGAGGACCAGCGCUGCAACGGGAGCCUGCAUAAAAAGAGCCUGAGUCAGAAUGGGGCAGAGGACAGCGGGGGCCAGAGGUACAGUGCGGACCCCACCAUCUUCCUCGGGGAGAGGACGUCCAGGGGGGACACGGAUGAGGACGGAUACAUGACCCCCAUGAAGGAUAAGAGCUCCUCAGAAUACCUGAAUCCUAUUGAGGAGAACCCAUUCGUUUCGCGACGUAAAAAUGGCGAGAUCCACGCCUUGGACAACCCAGGUUACCAUAGCACACCCAACAGUCAGCCUAAAGGAGAGGAUGAGUACAUCAACGAACCCCUUUACCUCAACACCUUCCACAGCCCCGCCGAGCUGGGCCUGGAAGCCCUGAGAAGAAACGGUAUGCCCCUUCCAAGCCAGGCUCCUUCCAUCUCAGCAACGACCUCAGGCUCCCACCUCCCGCUCACUAUCCAGACCAGCCUGCCCCACUACCCUCUCCCCACGGCCCAGCCCUCUCCAUCUGGCAUGCCGUGCCUCCACGGCCCACCAGCCCACAUCCUCCAUGCUCACCACACCGUCAAACCCGCAGGUCAGCCUGGCAAUGCAGGUGGCGGCUCCACCACUCAGAGCCAAUCGGGAGCGACCGUCCAAUCCGAGGUGUGCCAGUCUGGUGCCCUGUCCACCCCGGCCACAAUCGGGCACAGCAGCCUGCCGGCCUACCAGAGCUACGGAACCAUGCACCCUGCCAGCCUGCUGAAGCAUGGGGGACAGAUGUCAGGUAAAGCCAGCGGGAAGAAGCUCAAGGUGACCUUUGACAAUCCGGAAUACUGGCAGCACAGCUUGCCCCCCAAAUCUUCUAACCAGGCAGCCCCCGAUGGCGCCCAGGGUGGUUCCACCAACGCCAAACUCUUCUAUAAGCAGAACGGACACAUACGGCCGGCGGUAGCUGAGAACCCGGAAUACAUGACGGAGUUUUCCCUGAAAGCUGGCACCGUCCUGCCACCUCCACCUUACCGACAGCGGAACACCGUGGUCUAGAUCCUUACAUCUGACAAAAAAACGUUCCUCAAUCUGUCUCUAUCCUCCAACAACCCUGACAUUCUCUCCUGUUCCACCGUCCCACAGCGAGAGGAGCAGAUGCGACCGGAGCUGCCCCCGACUCUUUCCGAUAACGCGCCAUCUGCUGUAGACUGUAGCAACAUCAGGAGGACGUGGACGGAACCCAAACAAGCAGACCCAAGUCAGACUCGCGCGCCUUCACUAUAUCCAGUCCAUUUCUUUUUUCUGUAGAUAGAGACUGCACACCGUGUCACGGAGAAUGUGAAGGGUUAUGGUAGUUUCCAGCAAAUAACAGGCACAUGGCGGUCACACAGCAGCGGACGCACGUAUUGUCCUAACGCGGUAGACAGCUACGGCGUCAAACGAGACUAAGGACGUGAACUCACUGCCAGCCACUGUGGUGUCACAUUCAUGGGAGGAAAAAGAUGUGUUGUUAUUCACUGUUUACCAGUGACUGAACGAUAUUCUGCUAAGGGUUUCUGAAGUCAGCAGAUAUGUCAAAUAUGGUUUUGUGAAUGACCAGGUAGAGUGAGGGGAAACAAAGAGAAAGAUUUAGUAGGAAUAACACGACGAGACAGGAGCACUGAAAGCUGAUCAAUCAUAUUCAGUCUUUUUGCCGAUAGGAUUUUACUGUACGUUUUUUUUAUUUUUUUCCAUUGAAUCUGUGAAAUUCACCUCAUCUUUCUACUGUAACUGUGAUACUGUGACGGCCAAAACUACAGUGAUCUCUCCUCACCCGUUCCAAGUGCAACCGUGCACUUUUAAUGUGCCCGAUAACACACAAGGACGACCGCUGUUUUGUUGUUUUUGCUCGUCUGCUGUCAAUUUAGAGAAAAAAGGAUCAGAAACAGCAUUUUUCAAGCCAAAGUGUGUGAGGGGAAAAAACACACUGUCGACAUUUUUAUACACUGGAUGCAGCAUCUGAAAAGAUGAAUUUUUAUACACUGGUUUAUCCCAUUCAGAUCUAGAAGCUCAGUUCGAUGAGUAAAGGGUGAUUUGCCAUGUGAGUGGGAAGGCAAUUAGGGAAAUUGCUGUAUCUCCUGAAUAGUGUCAUGAGGGCAUCCAUACAGCCGCUGAACUCGACAUGUUCACAGACGGAGAGAGUGAGGGAGAGAGCGAAUCUACAAAGAAGGCGGCAAAGAUUCACACAUGCCCCCUAUUGAAGGUCUCAAGACAGCACCAGCAGAGCACAGUAAAAACAUACUACUUGUGUGUGUGUGUGUGUGUGUGUGUGUGUGUGUGUGUGU